AGAAAGUGUUUGAUUUUCCUUUAAAAUGUUGAGCUUUUAUAAUAGCAAGAAUUAUGCACUUUAAUUACUUCUCCACCCCUUUUCAGAUAAUUUUUCAGUUUUUUCCCAAAGAUUAAUCAACAAAAUUCCAACAAUGAUAUAGUUUACAGGAUUAUCAAGAAAAUUAAUGUAACCGCUUUCUAGUUGUUGCAAGUCAGACUAAAAGAUGGCGUGUAGUACGUAUAUGUUUGUUUUGUUAUUGUAUUUUGAGAUAACCUGAUUUGGUUAAAAUGGUUAAUCCUGAAAGUUAAUGUUUGAUGUUAAUUAUCAUAAAGUGACGUUUAUCUAGGAUUCUAAAACAAAUUAAACGAUUCUUUGAUCUCAGUGAAAUCUUAUUUUCUAUAUUGUUUAUGUGAUAUGACUUUUAAUAUUAUUGGUUCCAUUGGUAUGUCUUUUAUCCAUGGAUUGUUGUUUAGUUGAUUUGUUGUAAUGGAUUUUCAUUAUUUGAACGAUGGAUGGCUCGAAUUGGAAUCCGAUCCUGGAUUGUUUACCCUGCUUAUUGAGGAUUUCGGCUGCAAGCAUGUACAAGUGGAAGAAAUUUAUGAUCUACAGAAACCAAAUUUAAUAGACGGACCAGUUUAUGGAUUCAUUUUUUUAUUCAAAUGGAUUGAAGAACGCCGUUCUCGCUCUCGCCACCAUUCCUUCCAUAGUAGCUCUAACAAUGCUUCAAGUGCAGGAUCAUCCACCGUCUCAGAUAAUCCGUCUUCAUCGGAUCCCAAUGCUCAUAAACCAUUAUUUAUUGAAGAUGCAAAUGUAGUCAGCUCAAUGUUUUUUGCCCACCAAAUCAUUCCCAAUUCCUGUGCCACUCAUGCCAUCCUUAGUGUGCUAUUGAAUUGUCCAGCUAUAGAUUUGGGACCGGUUUUAACCAGAUUAAAAGAUCAUACCAAAAAUAUGAGUCCAGAGAAUAAAGGUUACUCAAUCAGUAAUACACCAGAGUUGUGUAAAGCUCAUAAUUCGCAUGCUUCUCAUCAAGAAAGAAUAGAAAAAAAAGUUUCAUAUUCAUCCAGAGUUAAUAAUUCUCUUCAAAGAGGUUCAUCUUAUGAUUCAUUUCAUUUCGUCAGCUAUGUGCCGAUUAAUGGUCAUCUUUACGAACUUGAUGGAUUAAAAAAAUAUCCAGUUGACCAUGGACCCGUUGACAAGGAUGAAGAAUGGUCUGAGAAAUUCAGAAGAGUGAUAACACAGAGGUUAGCUGAGGAAACUCAAUCCAACCGAUUUUCAGAUAGUCAAUCCCCUCAACAUGAUAUUCGUUAUAAUUUAAUGGCAGUAGUUCCCGAUAAAAGAGCAACUUACUUUAACAAGCUCAAUAUUUUAAAAUCAAAUAGAAAUAUUGUUCUUGAAGCCUUAGAAAAAAUAAUGAGACCGACUCGUUUGCCCGAACCUUUUGAUUAUCACAACUAUUCAAAAUAUCCGUCGACUAUCGAAUACAAUUCAUUGCACAUUUCUCAAAUGAUUUCAUCGGAUGGUUUGGUCAAUGGUCACACUUCUUGUGAAGGCCUCAUUGAUGCUAAAUUGCUAAAUUCUGACGUGCCUUUACAAAAUAGUGAACCUUCAGGAGAUAGUUUAUCAGUCGAUCCUUCAGUAGAAUCUGAAAAAACUUCAAACUGUUUAAAAAACACAAACGACAAAGACGAGAUCUAUGAUUUCGAUACAAACAAACCAAAUAAUUUAUUUUAUUUCAAAAUGAUUGGAGAUAAUAAGGCUGAUCCUCAAACCAGAAAAAUAUUUGAAAAAAUGAUUAUAACCAAAGAACCUUCCACACCAAACGCAAAGCCCUAUGGACCAAGAAAUUUGAUUGAUUUGUCAAAGCUUCUUAAUGCCGAAAUCAGUGAAUGUGAACAAAAUUUGUGGGAGGAAUUAGAAAAGCGAAAGAAAUAUCGUAUCGAUGAUUCUCGCCGGAUUCACAACUAUGAUGAGUUCAUAAACACUUUUCUUCUCAUGUUGGCUGAACAGAAAAAGUUGCCUGAUCUUCUGGAGAAAGCGCUUUUUGGAGGUAGCUACACAAUAAAUGAAGUCAACGAUAUAUCUCAAGAUGACGCUCACUCUCCGUCUGCGUUUCUCACAGAAGUCGCCACUUCGUUUGACAAAAUUAAUAAAAAUGAUAAAGCUAGAUUAAGGCAAGGUCAAAGUGGUGCAAGUAAAAAGAAGAAAAAGCCAUCUGAAUUUCCAGCUAAUAAUCGUAAUCGACCUGAAAGAUCACGAUCUAAAAAUUGACGAAACAUUCUUUAUGUUAUGUUUAAAAUGUAAUAUCCUAAUUAUUUAUCUCAGCUUUUCACUCUAAUUUAUCGUCAAAUGCAUCCAUUUUUUGAAUUACUGUUUCAAUGUAUCUAAAAAUUGUAAGUAUAUUUUAUAAUUUUUAUUAGACAGUUUCAUUCUGUCACAAAAAUGUCAAUUAAAAUAAUAAUCAAUUAACUUAAAUCAAAUAAAAUUGGCACAUAACACGUAA